AUGGCACUGAGAGUCAAAUGCAAGUCCUUUCUACGAUCAAACGCUCUUCUCUUACUAACGCUACUGGGUGUAGCCGUGGGAUUCGCUCUAGGAUUCGCUCUCAGGCCGACGAAUCCCUCAUCCGAUGCUAGAGUAUGGAUAGGUCUACCGGGUGAGGUCUUUUUGCGGCUAUUGAAGAUGACAAUCAUUCCUUUGGUAGUUUCCAGCGUGAUUUCAGGUACAGCCUCNCUGGACCCUCGAUCUAACGGUAGGAUCAGCUUGAUUGCCCUCGGCUACAUCGUCACCACCAACCUGCUGGGCUGUAUGUUUGGCAUCGUCUUGACCGUGACCAUCAGACCAGGUAACAACAACAACUGUCUGCAGACAGUAGCUAACGCCACGGCCCCCGUCCCCAGUACCCAGGAUCUACAGACUCAGGACAUAUUUGCCGACCUGAUAAGAAAUAUUUUUCCAGACAACAUUGUCACGGCACAAACUCAGUAUGUGGAGAAGACGACAAGUGAGAACACGACGGUUCUCAACAGGCGGCUGGGUACGACUUCCGGUUUGAAUGUGAUCGGAAUUAUUUUCUGCGCCUCAGUUUUGGGCAUAGCCACAGGCUCUAUUGGAGAGAUCGGUAGGCCUUUUCACAACUUUUUCAAGUCCGCCGUGGAAGUAGUGCUCAAGCUUUUGCGAUGGAUUUCAUGGUUCACGCCAAUAGGGGUAGCCAGUCUCAUUAUGGUAUCCAUAUUAAAGGUUGACGAUCUUCAGACUCGGUUUCUCCAACUCGGCCUUCUCGUUCUGGUUGUUACUGUGGGGGUGUUGUUCCAGCAAAUCGUCUUUAUCCCACUUCUUUACUUUCUGUGUUUUUUCUCCAACCCUCUCCGCUUUCUGGUCAACGUAUUCCCAGCUUGGUGCAUAGCAUUUGCUUCAACGAGCACGGCGGUGGCGAUUCCUGAAAUGAUCACGUGCUGUGAGCGUUAUCACAAGGUUGACGAGAGGGUGUCACGAUUUGUAGUGCCGUUCUCGGUCACGCUUAGUGCCAACGGCAGUGCCCUCUUCAUCACAGCGUCGGCCAUUUUCAUCGGGCAAAUAAAUCAGAUCGAGAUGGAUGCCGGGAAGGUGCUGACAGCGAUCGCGGUAAUGGCCUUACCCCCUGUCCCCAGCUCGAGCAUCGUCGUCAUCAUCAUCAUCCUGGAAACUCUCAGCUUUCCGGUGGAGGACGUUGCCCUCCUGCUCGCUGUGGAGUGGUACUUAGAUCGCAUGCGCAGUGCCAGUAACGCUGUUAGCCACACAUUCUGCGCCCUCUUUACGUAUCGCUGGUGUAAGGAUCGCUUACCUUUCGUGAUGAAUGACGAGCUGCCCGUAGACGUCAGAGAAAGUCAAUACAACAACCCCAAUUUCACAGACCCUGAAACGUUUGAGAACCACUCUGAGAGGACACCAGAGGGCUAUCCGAUGGAAUCAUCCAGUAUGUGAACUGUGACUAGUGUGUAAUAUCUAGCCUACUACAUGCUGUUUGUUAUCAGCUGUACGUUUAAAAAACUUAGAACACAUAUGAGGCUCUACAUUAAAACAAGGGACCUAAUUCAACCCCACAUAAACUGAUAAAUACAUACACUCUGGUACCGUUAGUUAAGAUAGUUCGUUAUAAAUAACUUGUAAAACUCAGAUUUUUACUAAAAAUGGUGAAGUAUUUGCUGUGAGAGCGAGUAAUAUAAAUAAAAAUAGGA